CAGCUCACUCUCAGUAUCUCGUCUCACACAGAUCAGUAACCAGGACAGUCUGACUGCAUUCACAAGUUUAAUGUGCGGCUCGACAUGCCACCUCACAUGGAUUACUUCUCCCACGAGUCCCGAGUCCCUUCCGCUUGCGGGCUGACCCGGGAGGAUGAGCUGGAGCCCGGGGUCAUCAGCUGUAUGCUGGUCGGGGACGGAGCCGUCGGAAAGACCAGCAUGAUAAUCAGCUACACCUCCAAUGGAUACCCGACAGAAUACCAACAGACCGGCUUUGAUGUCUUCUCUGGUCAGGUCCAAGUAGAAGGAUCUCCGGUUAAAGUUCAGCUUGUGGACACUGCUGGACAGGAGGAAUUUGAUGAAUUCAGAGCUCUGUCCUAUGCCCACACAGACGUCUUCAUCCUGUGCUUCAGCAUGGUCAACCCCACUUCCUUUCACAACAUCACCAAGAAGUGGGUCCCAGAGAUCCGGGCGUAUAACCCGUCCUCGCCUAUCGUUCUCGUCGGGACUCAGUCGGACCUCCUGCUGGACGUGAACGUCCUAAUCAACCUGGACCGAUCUAACGUCAAACCCAUCCUCAGCUCCCGAGCCCGGAGCAUGGCGGACAAAAUCAGGGCCACAGACUACAUUGAGUGUUCCUCACUCACGCAAAAGAACUUGAAGGAGGCGUUUGACUCGGCUAUCUUUGCCGCCAUUAAGAACAAAACCCGCAAAUCCAAGAAGAGGAGGUUCUCUGACAGGCGCACUAAAGCUUUCUCCAGGUGCAGCUGGAAGAAGUUCUUCUGCUUUGUCUAAACUUAUAAACUGACUGCUGACCCUGUGGGUUGUGGACAAAACUUUAAUUUAUUUAAAUAUUUUACUUGUGUCACAGUUUUAAUCUGUGUGGCAUCCUUCCCUGUUAUGAGUUUGGCUUAUUUUACUCUGGGAUGCCAAAUGGUGCAAGGGGAAACAGUACAUGAGGACAGUGAGCUUUGGAAAGUAACAUCUGUGGAUUCUGGGCCAGACAGGGUCUGCUUUCACACUUCGACAAGCAGAAGUGCUAUUUACAUUAUAUUCAAAUGCUUAAUUGAUCCAGGGCAAUAAAAAAAACACAUGCUACAUAUAAAAAUCACAGUGUAUGCUUUGACAGAAGCAGGACAGUGAAUUGGGACUUUAAAGCAGCCACGGAGAGAAAACACAGGCCGUCAUGUAAAUGUGGUGAAUUUGCAUGGUGUGUUCUGCCACCAGCUGCAGGCUUUAAUGUAAGCAAGAGAGAAACAGAAAGUGUCCGGGGUUGUGUUUGAGCAGAUGGGCGUUAGCUGCUUCUCUUCUCUCAGUUCUCUGGCUACACCAGCCUAUUUAUAUGCAGCAGCUGCAAGUUCAGGUUGCAGUGCAACGUGCCGCAUUCUUACCUGUGUGUGAAAGCUCCCUGGCUGGUUUUGAGCUGGUAUUUUCUCACCUUCCAACUAGUUCAUCAACUGACAAUCUUAUCACCACGGACAUUUACCUUUUUAAUUGGAUUUUUUAUCAAUUGAACACAGGAUGGUUUGUUUGUAACAAAUCAGAAACAAAUCUAUUUCCUUUGUCUUAAUUCUCAGAUUGGCACAGGUAUUUGUUGAAUAUCCUCUUGUCUGA